AUGUUCCCCACACCCGUCAGCGACGGCGGCUCCUCCGUCUCACCGCUCCAUCAUCAACAGCAGCAACAACAACAGAAGCAGCAGUACCAACAGCAUGCUCACGACCAACACCGUACCGAGUCUCUCGAUGCCCACCUCAUGCACUUGCAUCAGCAGCAAGCUCAGCUCGAAGCUAUGCGCAUCCUUCAGCAGCAGCAGCACGUCCUGCCUAGCAUCGUCGCACACAAAGACGAGCAAAUCGGCGUCCUCCACAACCCUCCCUCGGGCCCUUGGUCCAGCGACGACUACGACUCCAUGAUGCGAUCCAUCCUCGACGCCACUUUGCCCUCGGACCACUUCACCGACCUCGAGGCUCCAGCAUCUCUAGCAUCCUUCUCCCAUUCUUACGCAGGCUCGUAUGUCUCUGGGUCCAGCGACAGCGGCGCGAGCCCUCACAGCAUCAAUGACCUCGUCUACGGUGCUGCCAACUUCCCCACUCCGCCAGACUCGGACAUCGGCUCCUCUGCUCGCAACUUUUCCUUCUCGUUCACCCCUCACAAUGCAGCCGCCAUCAGCCCAGACGGCAGCUUCGACCUCUCAAAUGCUUCGUAUACGCAGUCCCACCCUGGCUCCGACACCACCUCGCCCUAUGCACAGCACUUCAACCCCCAUGCCUCGACUUCCACAUCACCGUUUGGCCUGCCGUCAGCUCCCCUUCCUGCAACUUCGUUGCCUAUGCACGGCAUCGCCUCCACUUCUCAACAGUGGGAUGCCAACUUCCUCGCCCCUACAGGCGCCGGUCUUCAGCCCUCUCCAGCACCACAAGCGACCUUCCAAGCCUCUGCAGAGUCAGCGCCAUCUACCGAGCCAUCCACGUCCAGCACUGCCAAUGGAACCAGCCGGAAGAGGCGCGCUGCAGAUGCCAAGGCCGAAUCGAAGAAAGCUCCUGCUGCAGCUGCGCCCAAGCCUGAGCCGGUGGACGACGCUCGCAAGACAAAGAAGGCCAAGUCGGCCGUCGAAACCAAGACAGCAUCCACCAGCAACGUUGUGCCCAUGUCCCAACUCAGCACCAAGCUGCCUCACAUGGAAGUUGGUAGUAACGCAACCGCUCUCGCCGCCAUCGAGAGGCUCAAGGCCAAGCGUCUUCAGGAAUCACAAGCACAAGCCGCUGCAAAGGCUGCGCGCGAAUCUGAGACAGCACACGGUGCUUCCGAGACAUCCGGCCUAGUCGCGUCCACCGACAGAGCCCAGCUGGAUCCUGCCACCCGUCAGCAGAAGAAGGUGGCUCACAAUGCCAUCGAGAGGAGGUACCGCAACAACAUCAACGAUCGAAUCGCUGCCCUCCGUCGCGCCGUGCCAGCCCUACGCGAGAUCCGUCCUCGCAAGACGCCUUCCGGUCGCAGGAGCCGCAAGGCGCAGCAGGAGGAGGACCUCGUCGAUGGUGUCCCCGCUGCCACCAAGCUCAACAAGGCCACCAUCCUCGGCAAAGCCACAGACUACAUCAAGUAUCUCAAGUCUCGGGAGUUGCGCUUGACCAGCGAGGUCGCCGGACUUCGUGAGCUCGUUCGCAGUCUUGAAGGAGGCGAGGAACUUCUUGAGCUGUGGGAGGGUGAGAUGGACAAGGUGGUUGCAGAGCAAGAGGCCCUCGCCGCUGCCGCUGCUGCCAAAGAAGAAGAAGAAGAAGCCGAUGACGACGACGUCGAUGUCGAUGACGCAGAGGACGAUGACGACGACGACGAGGCAGAGGCUGCCGAAAGCUCUUACGCCAGCGCCUCCUCCUCUUCACCUCCUUCUGCCCGAAGUCGCACUGGAUCCAAGGCAGGUCGCGGCCGUCGCUCGGGUAUCGGCGGUGCCAUCUCUUCCGUCGCCUCAUCUCGAUACAUGCUUGCCACCUUUUUGGGCAUCAGCUUCAUUGGCUCGGGUGCCGAAUUCGCCAUGGACGCGACAGCAUCGGAUGCAAGUUAUGCGGUCUCACAUCCCGCCGCCGGCAAGGUCAUGGUCGGCGCGAGUCGUCAGUUGCUCAAGCGUUCCGCCGCCUACCUGGCUCCUGACACCUCGCUUGCCCAAGACUUGCACGCUUUCGAUGCCGUUCCCACACACGCCCUCGCCUUUGAAGUGCUGCGCGUCGUCUCGUUCGCCUUUUGCUUCCUCUUCCUCGUCUGGCCACUCUUCUCCCGCCUCUUUGCGUCGCGCUCGACCUCCUCAUCGCAAGGCAUCAGCGACGCUGACGCAGAGCAGGACGAAGAUCACAUCGGCGGAAGCCGCAAGCUGCGUCUGGCUCUGACCAGGGGCGAGAUCGAUGUUGCCACGUUCGAUGCCGCUGUGCGCCACCGGAUCGCGGCACCCACUUCUGCCGUUCUUGCAUUGCCCUCUGUCGCCAUGGCCACGUCGCGCCUUGCCCUCAGCAGGAUGUCUCGCGUCCGCAGAGUUGUGCCUGUUCAGGCUCUGUCGGACGAGGACGCAGCCGCGCUGGGUCGCCUCUUGGAAGUCGAGACCCUCUGUGAAGGCAAGUCUCAAUCGUCCUGGCUGCUGCGACUUCACACGGCACUCCGUCUGGCUAACAGCAACCUCGAAGGAAAUGUCGCCGCCACUCGCGAUCCUGUGCUGGCCUCUCCCAGGCUCAAAGCCACGCUCGCGCUCUCGCUCGCCCGUCUAGGCGAAGGUAUGGACUUCGUGCAAGAUCUUGCAGACCAUCUCUGGACGGACGCACGGUCGAGUCUUCGCAAUGCCGCCUUCGAUCGCGUGUCAUCGAGCGAGGCUGAGGCCAACCCCACCUCGGCUUCGGACAGAGACGAGAGCCUGGUCCAGUCCGAGGAUGCUUCUUGGCUGUCGAGUGUCCUCUCGCUCGACCUCGACAGCGCUCUUGACCUGCUUUCGUCUGCGUCCUCGUCGGCUGAUGCUUCCAAUUGCGACUACUCUGCCGUGCUGGCCAUCGCCGAUGUCUACUACUGCGCGCGACUCACCGCCGUAUGGAACCGUCUUUUGGCCAGCCUCGUCGAUGCUUCGUGCCCCUCCGCAGCCGAAGCUCCUUCCUCGUCGCUGGUUACCGACUUUGUCUCGCUGCAAGCAAAGCAGAGGCUUGAUCUUGACGUUGUCCGUGACGCCGAGAAGCGCAGAGAUCUGCACGCAGAGAUCACCUCGCUCGCCCGCACGGCUCCUCCUACCGCUCGAGCUUGGCAGAUGGCCCAGGUGACACUUGCUACGUGGUCCGCAUUGCUGGGCAACCUCGCUCUGGCACGACACGUUGCUUCGAUCUUGCGCGAACAUCCCUUCUCCGUCGACGGCCCUGUCAAGCUGGCAAGCGUUGCGACGCUUCACUCGUUCGUCGCUGUCGAUGCCUCGCCGGAGUCGGCCCCGGCCGCGGCCCGCGAUGAGCUGGACGCCAAAGCCAACCUCUGCCUGGGCUGGAUGCGAUUCCUCCGCACCUUUGCCGACGCUCGCACCAACCCCGGAGAUCUGCACGCUGCCGCGUUGCACGUUCGCAAGCUCGUCGCUGCCGUCACCAUGCCUGCCGCCUCCGCCUCGGCGGACGUCUCUGAUGCUGAUCUGGAAAGCAGCCUUGACCUCGUCACCGAUCUGUGUACCGCUCUGGGACGCAGGCUCAACCGACUUCCAGCAACCUCCAACGGAUCAGUGGUCAAGAUCCUGCUCGACUCUUCGGACGAUGACCGAGAUUCUGGCAUCGAGGUGUGA